AUGGAGAAGGUGAACAUCGAGCCAUGUGUGAAGAUGGACACCCAAACCCUUGAUCUUCUCAAGAUAAGAGAUGAUGUCACAUGGUACAUAAGGAAGCUAGGCUUGAGCAAGCUCUUCAAGCUAGAGUGUAGUGAGUACUCACAACUCACCAAGGAGUUCCUCUCCACAGUAGCUCUUGCCUUUCCCAACCACAAUGGAGACCAACCAGCUGGUGAUGGACUCCUACUCUUCAAGAUAGGCGAUGCCAAUGGGCGCAUCUCCAUCUCAGCUCUAUGCCAACUCUUUGGACUUCCCAAUGAGACAGCACAUGACUUCAAGGAGAACUCAAAGAGGAAACAAGCUGCCUUUGCUGAUUGGACACACUUUGCCAAUGAACCAUUCUUGCCUUCAAGGUCAAAGGUGUCUAGAAUCACUCAUCCAGCCAUUCGCUAUGUGCACCGCCUCAUCUCCACCACUUUCCAAUGCAAACAAGAAGCCAACAAGGUCACAACUGAUGAGUUCUACAUCCUCACCACACCAUUCAUCAAGCAUGAGUACAAGGCCAACCUUGGACUUUUACUUGCCAAGACAUUCAUCAAUGUGAGGAAGCUAGCUCAAGACUUGGAAGGCAACAAGAAGCUUUGUGUUCGUUUUGGGAGGCUUAUCACGGCCAUACACAUCCACUUCCUAAACCGUUGGACUAAAGACCCAACUCGGUUUUGCUAUGAGUUUCCAAUUGGUCCAGCCAACACUUCCCUUGUCUUGCUGCCACAUGAAGACAUCCCAAGCCUACGCUCAGGAGUUGUCACUUUCCAGCCCAAUGAGGAAGACUUCUAUGUUCCAUCAAGUGAGAAACCAUCAUUCCCCAUGCUCACCUAUCGCACACUUCAGCAUGCAGUCAAGACUCAACGCCGCCACCAAGAACGCCAUGUUCUCACUACUGGCAUGGCUGCGCACCAAGCUCUAGACCGUGUUAACAAGCUGGAGAAGAUAGUGGAAUGCCAAUCUCGCUUCAUCUCACGCCUAGUCCGUGUAGUUCGCCACAUUGCACCGGAGAGACUCUUUCGCCCUUCUUCCACCGCUAGAGAGCCAUAUGAGCCUGACCUUGGUGAGUUCUCACUAGACUCAGAGCUUGGUUCAGAAGGCGAUGACCCCAUAGAUGAGGAAGAGAGUUCUUCUCACUGCCACACAUAG